AUGCUCACCGAAACCUUCAUAGCCUCCAUCUCCACCGCCGCGAAAACUCCCAACACCUCAGCACAUACCAAAGAUGCCGCCAUCUUCCUCCACGAGUUCCAGCCGCUGGCGGCGCAGCGAGCCGUAUUCAAGAAGAGCGCAACGCCGGCCAACUGCCUCGCCGUGAGCGCAUCGCACAUUUUCGCGGCGCAAGCCGAGAAGGCUGUCGUGCAUGUGUAUAGCAGGGAGAAGGGAAACCAGGAGGCGAUUGUGCCUUUUCCGGAGCGGAUACACAGUCUGGCGCUUGCGUGUCAUGAUACCGUUCUUGUGCUUGGUACGGAGGGUGGGAGGAUAAUUUUGUGGGAGACAUGCACCGGCCGCCAAAUCACAACCCCCCAAUCACACCUCCAGCCCGUCACAUCCCUCGCCAUCGACCCGACAUCGUCUUUCCUCCUCUCCGGUUCCGCAGACUCAAACAUCCACGUCUGGUCCCUGCCCUCGCUCCUCUCCUUCACGACGCCCUCCUCCCAGCGCACACCCCUGCACACCCUCUCCUCGCACCGCGGCGCCAUCACAGCUCUCGCCAUAGGCCACUCAUCCACCCCCGUCAACAUCGCCAUCUCCGCAUCCGCAGACUCUACGGCCAUUGUCUGGGACUACCACACCGGCACCCAGCUGAGGACGUAUCUCUUAGGCGCCCCGCCACUCGCGCUGUUCCUCGAUGCGACGGACAUAGCGUUUUACGCGGGGUACGCGGACGGCAGCGUCCAAGUCGUCGAAUUCUUCCCCCCGGGUGCGGGACAGGCGUACCCGGCCAUCGACACCCUACGCGACGCCGACGCGGCUGUAGCGCCCGUGCAACCGCCCCUCUCGACACGCUGGCACGCGGAGAAUCAAGACUUGGGGGCGGCGCACUGCGUCGCGCUGAGCUGGGACGGCUCGACGCUGCUGUCUGGGCACGAGAGCGGGAAAAUCGGCGCCUGGGACACUGGGCGCGCGGUGUUUAGGAGUGUGGUAGCCACGUUGCCGGGACCGGUGACGAAUCUGCGGUUCUUGCCUGUGACAGGGUGGCCGGCAGUGGCUGGACGGGAGGUGGAAGAGCCGGGCUUCAGGAUGCAUAAUGUUGUGAAGCCGAAACUUGAGUCGGGGGGCAGUGGUGGACCGCAGGUGCCGGGGAAUUAUACGUUUACGACGCAGUUUGUUUCCACGCUUCCGACGCCCCAUUGCUCGGCUGAGGGAGACUUGGAGGCCUGGUUUGGCGCAAGAGGCAGCAAGAGGCGGAAGACUUCCUUCGAGGAAGCGCUCACGCAUACCUCGUUCCCAGCCGCGCUGCUCGAGGAAGGCAUUGCGGAGCUCGCGGAGUGGGGCGGAAGCCAGUCUGCCGGCUCCGGAUCUGGCGCGGCUGCCAACGGCGCGGCUGGGAAUGCGGGUGAGGCGGAUUUCAUGGCGCUGGACGAUACGGAGGGAAGAGCGUCGGGGGAUACGAAGCUAGCGGACGAGAACAUGCGGCUUAAGAAGCAGCUGAGGGCGCUGCAGAGGGUGCAGAAGGCCACGUUUGGGCAGAUUGCAGACUUGAGAGAGGAGAUUAAGGGGUUGAGGGAGAUGGGAAGGGAAACUGAAGAAACUGAGGAUGAGGAUGAGGAGGAGGAGGAGGAGGAGGAGGAAGGUGAUGAUGAGGAAGAUGAUGGUGAGGGAAACAACGACGUCAAUGACGUUAACAUGGGAGAGAACGAUGAAGAGCUGGUUAAAACGAGGCGAUCGGAAGGGGAGAGCAGGAAACCCGGAAGGGGGCUUAAGGGGGUUAGUAGAGUUAGAAAGUACGAGGGAAGUGAGGACAACGCUGGAGCAUCGAGAAGUAGAAGAAAGCAGUGA